AUGAAUAAGACAGGCAAGAAACGGAAAAAGGGUUAUGUCGGGGAGUGUAUUUUGUCUUAUUUUAUCCGAGACGAAAAAUACAAAGCUCCUGCCGAAACCGUGAACCCAUGUAAUAUAUCUACAUCUCUCCCAGUAUCUAAAAGCAACCCACUCGAAAAAACUAGAAAAUGCCCUUUUUAUAAAUGGAUUCCAGACACAUCAUUUACUGUUGAUGCUUUCUGUUAUGCUGAAAUUCCAGGAUGUACCUGUUACUUCCUCUCCCAUUUCCAUUUUGAUCAUUUCAGAGGCAUCCACAAGAAUUUUAAAGGAGAUAUCUAUUGCAGCGAGGUGACAAAGAAUCUUUUGAGAAAUGCUUAUGGUUUGGGGCUGGUUAUUAAUGUGCUUGAGAUAGAGAAGAGUACAAAGAUUGGCGAUGUAGAAGUAACAGCUUUAGAUGCUAAUCAUUGUCCUGGCUCUUUAAUGUUCCUUUUCUAUGUGCCAUCAAAACAGAAGACUUAUCUGCAUACUGGUGACUUUCGUUAUACACCAUCAAUGUUAACUCAUCCAAGUAUAUUAACAAAUUAUUUAUCGGACGACAGUUCUUCCAAAAAGUUACCAAGAAUACAUUCAAUAUUUUUGGAUACAACAUAUUGUUCAUCUCAGUAUGAUUUUCCUACUCAACUGGAUGUUAUUCAUGGAGCACUAGAAGUUACACGUGAUUAUCUGAUAAAAGAUCCUACCAUUUUAGUUGUUUGUGGAAUGUACUCAAUAGGCAAGGAACGAUUUACACUUGGUCUUGCCUCUAAACUAAACCUAAAGGUUUGGUUACCAAACAAUCAAAAUCGUUUAAUCAAGCUAGCUGCACAAGGCGGUUGUACUAUAUGCAAAGAACUGCUUCAAUAUGUCGUUGAUAGUUCUCACAAAGCUCAACUUCAUGUUCUACCUAUGCAGCAAUUAAAUGUGACAGGCCUCGUUGAAUAUCAAAAGAAAUUGGGCAAUCGAUUACCAACUGAUCCUUUUCACAGUUCAUCAACCCUUUCUAAAUUGAGGUCUAUUCUAGGCUGGCGCCCAACUGGUUGGUCUCAUCGGCAGUCAAGUAAUACUCAAACAUCAAUGAAACCUCCACGGAACGGCAUUGUUUUGGAACAGAAAAAGGGCGAUAUUCACAUUUAUGGUGCAUCAUAUAGUGAACAUAGUAGUUUUCUGGAGUUAAAACAAUUCAUUACACGUCUUCAUCCUGUACAAGUACAACCUACUGUUUUUGGUAAAUCGAUUACUAUGACGAAAGAUACAGUAAACAGCUGGUUGAAAUGA